UUGACGGCAAGCAAGUCCCGGCAGUUUGUGGCCUUAUUUUUCUCUUCUGCGUCUUCCUUCGUUUCUCUGUUUUCAGAAUCUUGACUUGGAUCGAUCACGUUGAGAAGAUAUUUGCAAUUUACUUGUUUGAUGGAUGAUGACUGUUCCAAUGGAUAGCUCGUCCGCUCCCUCUUCACAGGAGCUUGCACAACGUCUCUUCAAAAAGAAUAUUGAAUUAGAAAAUGGCUUGCGGAAGUCAGCGCAAGCCAAAAUUCCAUCAGAUCCUAAUGUGUGGCUCCAAAUGCGUGAAAAUUAUGAAGCCAUUAUCCUUGAAGAUCAUGAAUUUUCGGAGAAACAUGAGGUAGAGUUUAUGCUUUGGCAGUUGCACUACAGAAGAAUUGAGGAGUUCAGAUUGCACAUCAAUGCUGCCAAGUCUACAGGAUUAACUGCAACCCAAGGUGGGCGAAGUCCCGCAAGACCCGAUCGUAUUAAGAAAAUUCGAUCUGCUUUCAAAAGUUUUCUUUCAGAAUCAACUGGAUUUUACCAUGACCUCAUAAUUAAGAUCCAGGCAAAAUAUGGUUUACCUUUGGGAUACUUUUAUGAGGGCCCUGAGAGCCAAAAUACUCUAUCAAAAGAUGAAAAAAAAUCAGCUGACAUGAAGAAAGGACAAUUGUCUAGUCAUCGUUGUUUAAUAUAUCUGGGGGAUCUUGCUCGUUAUAAAGGCAUGUAUGGGGAGGGAGACUCUGUUGUUCGUGAAUUUGCUGCUGCUUCUAGUUAUUAUAUGCAAGCAGCUUCCCUCUGCCCUUCAAGUGGCAAUCCACAUCAUCAGCUGGCUAUUUUGGCGUCAUACUCAAAUGAUGACUUCGUUACCACGUACCGGUAUUUUCGUAGUUUGGCUGUGGAUAAUCCUUUCUCAACAGCGCGGGACAAUUUAAUUAUUGCGUUUGAGAAGAAUCGCCAAAGAGUAGCACAACUUCCUGGUGCUAAAACUGCUACAUCAAAUGUGCUACCACCUCGAUCAGCUGGUAGAGGUAGAGGUCGCGGUGAUGCUAGGACUUUUGCAAAAGAUAACAAUUUAGAAUCCCAAAUCAAAGAACAGGAUCUUAGCACAGCUGAGAUUUUUAAAGCCUUCUCCGCCCGUUUUGUUCGACUCCAUGGAAUUCUAUUCACACGGACUAGCUUGGAAACUUUUGGAGAUGUUUUUUCAUCAGUGAUAAGUGAUUUGCAUGAACUGCUAGCUGAUGGGAUCGAGGAAGCAUUUAAUUUCGGUGUUGAUGCUGCGGAAAGUGGGCUGGUUAUUGUGAGGCUUGUGUCCAUACUUAUAUUCACGGUGCAUAAUGUGAAUAGGGAUGCUGGAGACCAAUCAUAUGCUGAGAUCUUGCAGCGAUCAGUGUUGCUUCAAAAUGCUUUCACAGCUUCAUUCCAGUUUGUGGGACAUAUGCUCAAGAGAUGCGUUGAAUUACAUGAUGUUUCUUCUAGCUUUCUUCUACCUGGUAUUAUGGUUUUCAUGGAGUGGCUAGCAUGCCAUCCAGAUAUUGCGGCAGGAUUUGAUGUUAAAGAAAAACAAGCUACUGCUAGAACAUUUUUCUGGGAUCAGUGUGUAGUAUUCAUGAAUGCACUUUUAUCAAGUGGCCAUGGUUAUGUUGAUACAUACGAAGACGAUACUUGUUUUUCUGAAAUGAGCCGCUAUGAUGAAGGGGAAACUGGAAAUAGGCUUGCCUUGUGGGAGGAUUUUGAGUUGAGAGGAUUUCUUCCUUUAGUGCAAGCACAUCUCAUUUUGGACUUUUCAAGGAAACAAUCUAUUGGUGGUGAUGGAACUAUCAAGGAAAGAAGGGCUCGGGUGCAAAGGAUUUUUGCUGCUGGAAGUGUUCUGAUGAAUGUGGUUAGAAUUGAUCAGCGGGUUGUAUAUUUUGAUCGGCUUCUCAAAAAGUUUGUCUUUGGUGUUGAGCCUCCUGCAUUUGUGGAUGAUGUGUAUGCCGGUAUUGUGGAUGCUCCUUAUCCAAAUGCUUCAAGGCAUGCUAGUUCGGUUGAAAGCGUAAGCAAUUUGGGAGGGUCACAAUCAAGCAUGAUGGAUCUUGGAUUAGCUCCGGUAAAUGCCCUUCUUCAUGCAGAUGGAGAAGAUGAUGAAGAAGAAAUUGUUUUCAAGCCAACUGCAAUCGAAAAACUUUCCAGCAUUGUUGCCUCUAUGCCAGCUUAUGAAACUGUUCAGCCUGCACACGUCUCUGUAGGUGAUUGGGAUAGUACUGCCAUGCAACACUCCUUUCUUAACAAUGAUACUCAGUUGUCAAAUGAUCUGAAUCCCUCCAGUAAACUGAGAACCUCUAUACCCGCAAUAUCUCCCCAGCCUUCUCUGGACUUGGAUAUCAAUACAUCAAAAUGGCUCCUGGAGAAAGAGGCCAUGUUAUCCGAAGGAUUGAAGAAUAUGAAUUUUGGGAAUGGCUUGAUGUUCCAGGGGGGGUUGAACACUUUUAAGCCUAGUGUCUGCACCAGUAGUUUGUUCUCUAAUCAAGUAAAUGUUACAGAUACCAUUAUACCAUCUCCUCUUGAUUCUAUAGUGCCGCCUGGUGCAAUGACUACUGACUUACAUGCGAGGACCUCAGCAGCCUUGCCAGCACCAACUGUGUCUAAGAAAAAUCCUGUGAGUCGUCCAGUUCGGCAUUUUGGUCCUCCUCCUGGAUUUAACCAUGCAUCCUCUAAGCCGCAGCCUGGCACCAUUCAUAAUUUGGCUACAAAUGAUCAGCAGCUCCCUAUUGAUGACUAUAGUUGGCUUGAUGAUUAUCAGCCAUCUACUAAAGGAUUGAUGGAAACCUCUGUUAGCCAUGCCUCAGUUAUGCAUCCUUAUCCUUCUGGUGACAAUAGUAGUACGUUUGGUGGUGUCACAAGCUUCCCAUUUCCAGGAAAACAAACCCCUCCGUUACAAAACGAUGUUACUAAUGAGAAAUUCUGGCAGGAUUUCCAGCUUUUUGAACAUCUGAAGCCAUUCGCUGAACAGCACCUCCCUCAUACAAACUUGCGACCUGCUAUGCUGUCAAAGCAGCAUCAAACACAAUCCAUGUGGUCUGGCGGUUACUUGGUGUGAGACCAUUCAUGGGAUGGUAACAACAGAGGCUGGGCAGAGCAACAAACCUGCAUGUGGGUGACUAAAGGAAUGGGCCUUUUCUCCGAUGCUGUCAUUUUAAUGUUCUUGAAGGUUCUGUUGGAGCAUGAAUGAUCUUUGGAGCUUAGCUGGUGCUUGCCCUGUAGCUGGUUGUGUUCCAUGAUUGAUGCAGGGAUGAGUUAGGAAUGCCUGAUGGCAAGAAUACAACAGGCGACCCCCAUAAUAUCCGUAUUUGUUCUGUUGGUCUGAGAUACCUGUUAGGGCACAUCUUACUGGUAGUCUUGGUAUUUGUUGGGUUGAUCCGAGUUUGUCAAAUUUGUCAGCAGCUUCCAUCUUUUAUGUCUUACUAAAAGGUGCAGAUUGCAUGUCUCAUUUUACUGUUGAAGGAUAUGGUCGUCGCUUAUCUACCUUCGUGGCAGAGUUCGGAUUGGCUGUUUGUUAUGUGAGAGUUUUGUAAGCCGCUACUGAAGCAUUUCUGGGGUAAUUAUCAAUCAACUGGACUUCUUCUGGAAGGUCAACUAGCAGUAAAAGGACAUAGAAGUCCAUGUCCGUUUUUGUGUGGCGUCUUAUCUUUUUAAAAUGGUGUGUUUUGCAAUAUUGGACCUUACUUUCAUAUCGUUGAACUUUUAGUCUACUAUUUCUAGUUUAUGUUUGAAGUUUGCUUAUAAGUUGUACUGGAUACCAUCAUAUUUCCUUUUUAGCCUGUUUAAUGUAUGUGUUUGCUUCUAGUUGAA